AUGGAGAGCGACCUGAGGCUGGAGUCGAGUCUGUGGGUUGGAAACAAGAGAUACCUGGCUGUUCUGACAGGAUGGCAUUUCAGAUGGACCGAGGCAGACAAGAAGAAGCGGGACAAGAAAACAGUUUCAGUGCCUGUGGCCGAGUUGGUUGGAGUGGAGGAAGGCCUAGUGGAGAUCCUGCCUCGCAAAUCUGUGGAAGAUAGAGACAAAGAUUUUACAGUUUUCUACGUGAAGCGUAGCAGCACCAGGAACUCCUAUGGGUUGCUAUGGAAACUGGGCCGGAUCCAGUUCAGCUGCCCCAGCCGAGUCCUAAGAGACCAGUGGACAAAACAGCUAAAGACUGCUGUCAAAACACACAGUCCUUUGCGACCACAGAGACUGUUGGUGUUCAUCAAUCCAUAUGGAGGAAAGAAAAAAGGAAGGCAGAUCUAUCAUUCCCUGGUGGCCCCUCUGUUUGAGCUGGCUGAUAUCAGCUCCCAUGUGAUAGUGACUGAAAGGGGAAACCAGGCCAGAGAUCACCUCCUUAAGAAGGAUCUGACAGGCUUUGACGGCGUGGUGUGUGUGGGCGGAGAUGGCAUGUUCAGUGAAAUACUCCAUGGUGUGAUUGGGCGCACGCAGCAAGAGGCAGGCGUUUGUGAGAACGAUCCUGCUGUCACUUUGCAGCCGUGUCCACUUCAUAUCGGCAUCAUCCCUGCAGGUUCGACAGACUGUGUGUGCUACGCAACAGGGGGAGUGAUCGACCCCGUUACUUCAGCUUUGCACAUUAUUGUUGGAGACUCUCAGCCUUUAGAUGUGUGUUCAGUCCAUUAUGGCUCUGGGUUGGUGCGUUACUCAGUGUCUCUGGUGGGCUAUGGCUUCUAUGGAGAUGUACUGUCUGAGAGUGAAAAACACCGCUGGAUGGGACCUGUCAGAUAUGACUACUCAGGUGCACUGGUGUAUCUGAGCAACAGGAGCUAUGCAGGGACAGUUCAUUAUCUCCCAGCAGACCCACUGCUCUCCAGCCCUAGAGACAAAACACGCUGCCUCUCAGGGUGUGGUGUGUGUGCCAGAAGCACAGAAAGACUUUUCCCCAACUCUUCAGACUCAGGCUCCCUGUACAGUUCGUACUCUGGACAGUUCAAUACUGAAUCAGAAGAUAAUGGCAGUAACACUGCCUUUGCCAAGCUGCCACUCCUAAAGUCAAAGUCUGCACAUGUCUAA